UGGGGUAAAAACACAUGAUUUUAUUUUAUGCGAUUUUAAGAUUUACGAACUCACAUGGUCUACCAAUUUACUUGACUUUAUGUGGCGAAUUUAUACGAGGCCAAUAUUUACAAAUCUGAUUUGGUGGUCAAAAAUAGUAAAAAUUAGCAGCAGGUGAAAAAUACCCGUUAUACGGUAGUAUGUGAACAAGUAUCCACUGUCCGCAGUAUACGUGUAUACGUUUUAUGAUUUGUGGUAACAUAAAAAAAAAACAUUAUAAUGUUAUAAACCCAAGUUUAGAAAUGCACAGUGACAAUAAAAGUAUUAUAUAUUAAUAAAACAGACGCAAUAACAAUUGCUUGAAGACCAUCGACGAUAACCAUCCUGAUUCUCAAGUGGCCACAGCGACACAUGAAUGGUAUGGUCAGGUGUAUACCUUAGAUCAGCAGUGUCACAUCCAUUACGGUCCUCAGUCGUAUCUGUGCAGGGGUCAGUAUCGAGGUGACUAUACUAAUGUGUGUUUGAAAAUGUACUGCUAUAAUCCAAAGAAACAGGGAUGUUAUUAUAUUGACGGAGGCGAUGGGACUGCUUGUGGUACAGGAAAGUGGUGUAUGUCCAAUGAGUGUGUCAGCAAUUCCGGAAGUCAUUUGCAAAACGUCGUUGAUUCCUGCGUUGCCGGUGACAACCCUGGUGUUGUUUACCAUGGGAGAACAUGCCAGCAAAUAAGAGCCAGCCAUCAGAGUGACUGCAGUCACAGUUCAGUAAAAGCCAAGUGCUGUUAUACCUGCUCCCAUUUGCAAACGUCGACAUCACCCCCAAUAUCCAAUACCCAUACAGUAUCUAAUACCCACACAACAUCUACUGAUAUCGAUAGACAAUGUGCUAAUAAGCAUGGGGCCGGAUCAUAUAUGUGCAGAGGAGCUCGAUCUUAUGAUGGCAAGACUUAUCAAGAUGCUGUAUGCUCGGAUCUGCAGUGCCAUGAUCCCAACAGAGACAACUGGUGUCUAUCAACAAGGGCUGAUGAUCACACGUCGUGCGGCUAUCAUAAGUGGUGUAAAAAUGGAGUAUGUGUGCACGACAGCUCAGCACCUGCGGUCCCAGACAACUGUCCUUGGGGAGACCAGAAAGGCGUGGCUGUAUAUAGUAUGACAUGUGACGACUUGAAGCAACCACAAAAUCAUUGGCGUUGCUAUGACGACUUCGCGUCUAAAGUUUGUUGUGCGGCAUGCAAUUCCAUCAAGAGAAAUGUGAAAGGGUGUGAAUACGGAGAUCAAAGUGACUGGUGUCAGACAAACAUCGCUCAUUCAGCAGACAGACAAAUGUGUUACUGGGGGCACAACUCUAACCUUUGUUGUGAGUCGUGUAACAAGUUCAAAAAUGAUGCCCAUGUUGGUUGCGAGUAUGGGGACAAGCAAAAUUCAUGUGUGUCAUAUAGGUGUAAUUCUUACAGCAGUGAUACGAGGCAAAAAUGUUGCGAGACGUGUAGAGCUGUUUCUAUUGUUGGUUAAAUAAAGCACGUUCAAUCAAUAA